AUGUGGCAGGCACCACAUCUGCCACAUCCGCACCCCACUGCCAUCCCACCACGCCAAACCGACCAUCUUUGUGCAAAAGACCUCCAGUCAUGUAUGCAUGUCAUGUUCACGACUGAUGCUGUCAAACCCGCCCUCUACCCUAUGUACAGUUGUCUGUACAAGGUGUUGAAAAGAGGACCAAACACCUUUGAUAUCUUGCAAGCUGGAAAAACAACAACAGUGUCACUGAACUGCCUAAUACCGGCGUGGACUUUAGCAGACACAUCCAGUGUUUACCCUCCAUCAGCCCCAGCUCCAGGCCCAUCAAGCCAAUUUACAGUCAGCCUAGACCUGCGAGACCACCUCCCAGAAGACAUUUCCAUAACACUGCAGGACUCACUACCUGUGGUUAUGGCCAAAUUCGACAAUAGGCAGUUUGGCUACAGCACAGUUUCGAGGUCAUUAGAGCACUACACACCCCUUCCACCUACAAUUGACACAGCAGGUCUGAAAUCAACUCUUUCUUUGGAUGGUUACCUGCUUGUUCAGCUCCAGAGCACUUUAUAA